AAGGUACUACUGAAGAAAAUAAUGAACCAAGUGGCUGGGGUUCCCCUCCUAAAAACACUGAAGAAGAUAAAUCUCAAGCAAAUAAAUGGAAAAAAGAUCCUUCCGGUAAAAAUGAUAAAAAAGAUUUCAAUGAAACAAGAAGAUAUAGUAAUUCUUCUCAACAUUCUAAAAAAUUACAAAAUGAUGAAAGUAGUUGGGGCUCAAAUAAACCUGUUGAUAAUUCUACCGAGAAUGAGGGUUGGGGUCCUGUAGAUAAGUCGGUUGAAAAUGAAAAUUGGUCAACAAAUAGCAAUGGUUGGAACACUUCUACAACUGAUGAAUUCAAUAAGGAUCAUCAUAAACAUGAUAAUUAUCAUCGUGGAGGACGUGGUGGUGCUCAUCGCGGAAGAGGAAGGGGUGGCCAUCAACACGGGCGUAAUGAUCGUGAUAAUUUCAGAAAUGAUUCGGAUUUUAGAGGUCAUAAUCAACGUUCUUCUUUCUCACGAAGUGGUAACGAUAAAUAUAAUGAUCAUGAUCGCGAAAAUAAUCGUGAGAAUGGUAGUAAAGACGGAAAUGUUGGUGACCAAAACCAAAAUGCACAAAAAACUGCAAACUCUAAUGAUAAUACUCAUUCAUCUAAACCUGAGAAUGCUCCUUAUGUAAAUAAAGAUCGUGUUUUAUCUGGUGGACGUGCCAGAGAGGUUGAUGAAGAAGAACUAGAAAAACGAAUGCAGCGAAUCCGUAUUCAAAACGAAAAGAUUUUAGAAAAAAGAAAGGAGGAAGAAGAAAAACGAAGACGCGACUUUCAAAAAAAGCAGUUACAAGAACAGCUCGAUAAUGAACGCGAAGAAAAUGCUCAACGUAAAAUUCAAAAUCGUGAUGCUCGAGAAUGGGACAAGGAAAACCCAGCCACUUGGUUCAUUAUUUUCUUCA